AUGGUUGUCCUUUCAACGCGUCUACACUUGCAGGAUUUGUUGCUGCAGCGCUUUGGGCGACUGAGAACAGCAGAGUGCUGCUUGCUUCGAAAGGUCUCUGGCACUCAGCAGUUGCUUUUGCUUUGGGCGGACCUUCUGGUGCAGCAGAAUCCGGAGAAACCUCCGGCAGACGCCUAUUUCGUUCCACCGGAGCUCUACCGCUUGCCAGAUGCCAAAGUUUUGCUGCAGAGGGACAGGGAGUUGCGCUGGUUAAUGCAGCGGAUCGAUCCAAGAGGUGUUGGGGGUCACUGCGACUCCUCGAGAGACUGCGUCCCCGUCCCGCACUUCCCUUCUGUGCUACAGCAGGAGGUGCCGCGCUUUCCAUACGAGCCCCAGCAGCUGGAAAUGUUGAGAGACACGUACGGGCUGCUGAAAUGGCCCUUUAGGCCGGUCCGAGGCGCAGCAAAGACAGCGGCAGCAGCGGCUGUUGCCACGGGCAGUGCAGAACUGCCCCAGAUUUCACAGGCUGAGCCCACCUCGGAAGGAGUUGCUGCAGCCGUUGCUGCCGUUGCUGCAGCAGUCGAUCGCGGGGAUGUGCGGCGUGCCAACAGCAAAGUACGCACACGUUGCUGCACCGAUGCAAUCUAUGCACCGGAUGAGACAGAAACCGGUGCUUAUGUGUGGUAA